AUGGAUGAACGUCACGGGGUCGAAUGGCCAGAACAACAAUCUCAACAUAGACAAUUGUUUGUGAAGAAGAAUAAAAGUGAUAUUACACAAGAAAAAAGAAUGUCAAAAACUGAAAGUCGUUUCAAAUCUAAACUUGAAUCUUUAAAAAAAUUACAACAUUCAGCAUCAACAAAUAGUGCAGUUGAAAAAGCACGAGCAUUUUUUCGCUCUUUAGAACUUAAACAUCUUGGUGCUAAUAGCAAUAGUGAUCAUUCAUUAUCAUCAUCAUCUCGUCGACGUACAACUACUACCACUACUACAAAGACUAAUAAUAAUGAUGCUAGUUUACUUUCUUCUUCGACAUUUCCUAUUCCUUCUUCAAUGUCUUCAUCAAGUUCAUCGUCAAUUAUUGAUGAUACUCAUAAUACAAUAUCAACAACGACAACAAAUGAUUCGUCAUUUAAAUUAAAAUGUCCUACAAAUGGUAUUGCAAAAGCAAGAAUUAUUCGAGUUAUUAAUCCAAAUUAUAUAAAUUCAAAAGAUAUGAUUGUUCAUCAAAUUCUACAUAAUGAAAACGAUAAUCAUCGAUUAACAUCAUCCUAUUUUUAUUCUCCACACAUAUUAUGUCAAAAAAAUAUUCCACCACCUAAACAAUAUUAUAAUGAACGAAGUCAAAGUUAUUCAGUCUCAUUUAAAAAACAUCAAGAAAUGCAAGCAGCAUACGAUUCACGUCCAUUAUCGCCUGUAUCUGCUAAAAACUCUAAUAUAAAAUAUUCAAAUCAUAUUUAUUCAAAUUGUCCAUCAUCUAUUCAUUCAAAUCUAAACAAUGGAAAUAUAUUAAAUAAUCAAAUGUCAACUUCUUUAUAUAAUUAUCGACCAUUAAUUUGUCGUCAAAUGGAACCUUCACCAUUAAUGUCAUCAUCAUUUCAUGAACAAUCUCAUAGUUCAUUAGAUCCAAUAAUUCGACCAUUACCAUCAUCAGCUUCAUCAUCAUCAAUGUCAAUAUGGACUCAAAGUGUUCGUCGUCUUAAUACAGAAUAUAUAUCAACAAUAAAUGCUCUUCAACAAGCUAAAGAAUCUUUAAAACAAAUUUAUCCUGAUAAAACCGAUAAAAUAUCAGAAUAUGCUAAUUUAGUAGCACGUGGUAUUAGUGAUCUUUCAAGUGAUGAAACAAAACCAUUGUCAGGUAUUACUGUUUGUUUAACAGCACCUAUAUCUCAAGAUUCUUGUUCAUUAUCAUCACAAAUAUCAAAAAUUUCCAAUCUAUCAGAUAAAAUUUGUCCAUCAACAAUGUUUUGUAAACCAAAAUUAGUAAGACCUGUAGAAUUAGAUACAUUUAUUCCAUCAAUAUCUCAAGUACCUAAAUUAGAAACAAUUUCAAUUGUUAAUGAAAACAUUGACAAACCAGAUUCAAUUGCUAAUAUUAUUAAAAAAUUUAAUAAUCUCAAUAAUUCAUCAUCAAUAUUAAAAUCUUCAAUUAUUAAAGAUAAUAAUAAAAAUAAUAAUAAUGAUUCAUUAUCAUCAGAAAUUAAAAAAGAACAACAAGAAUGUUUAACAAAAACUAAUUCCUAUGAUCCAAUUCAAUCAAAAAAAGAUCAAUCAAAUAUUUCUUCAUCAUCAUCAACAACUAAUUUAAAUACAACUUCAUCUCCUCAUGUUCAAUUUAAACCAUCAAUAAUUACAUAUGAAUUAGACGAUAUACCUUAUGAAUCUCUACCAUCAUCUUCAGAAUCAUCAUCAUCAUCAGUUUCACAAGAUUCAACUAGUAGCACUACAACAACAACAACAACGUCAUCAUCAUCAUCAUCCAGUGAUGAAAAUAAUCCAACAGAUAGUAUUACUCAAGAAGAAACAACAUAUACAGUUGAAACAUUUUAUAAAACUACAAAUAAUGCACCAUUAAAUAAUCAAGAACUUGUUAUUAUUCGAGAAAAUACAACAGAAGAACAAUUUAAUUUAGCAAAAGAAAAACAACAUCAAGAUAAACAUAUAAAUAAUCAAAUUCCAUCACAAAUUCCAUAUAAAAUUAAUGAAACAAAAGUUUCAUCAUUAACUACACCAUUACGUACACAUCGUAAUGUUACACCUAAACAAACAGCAUCAACAUCAUCCAUUGUAGAAGGACAAGAUAAAAUAUAUGAAAAUUAUCAUUCAGUUGAACCGUUAUCACACAUUACAAAUGACUUUAUCUCCGAUAGUUAUCAAGAUAAAGACAAUCAGACAACGAAUGAUGUCGUUACUGUCAAUCCUCAUACAUAUUCACCAUCAACUUAUUGUUUAGUCAGUAGUUCAUCAUCAUCAUCAUCAUCAUCAUCAUCAUCAUCAAGUAAUACAGCAUCAUCAACUGCAACUGUUCUUCUCAGUACUAAUAAGAUUACUACUCCUUCAACUUCUUCAAACGUAACAGAAAUACCAACUAAUACAAACAAUAAUCUUUCGAAAACUACUAAUAAACCUAUUUCACAACUUCCUAAACGUACAACAACAACAACAACGCCAACGCCAACGAAUGCGAAUGUCUCUCGUUUAAAACAACCAUCAAAAAUUGUUCCAUCUUCAAGUAAAUUAAAACCACCUUCUUCGACAAUCAUAAAACCAGUAAAAUCAAUGAUUGUCAAUAGUACAACUACACCAACAUCAACGAUGACUACAUCAUCAAUGCGAAAAUCAACAGGAAUAACGAAUCAAACAUCUUCGAUGACGAAUAAUAUUGUCAAUAAAACUACUCAAGAACAGUCGUCAUCAUCAACAUCAUUAGUUACGGGAAAAAAACAACAAUUAGUCAACGGAACUAAUAUGACUGAAUCACAAAAUUCUAUAGAUUCAUCAUUUUCGAAUGGUAAAAAUCGUGUAAGAUCAAUGGUUAAUCAACUUAAUGCUGCUGUAUCAUCAUCUCGUCCAACUAUUCCAUCGACAACAUCUGCUAAGCGUACACAAAUUCCUUCAUCAUCGGUUAAUGUUCGUCGUCCAAUUUCAAUGGAAUCAACAAUAUCAACAAACAAAACUGCGAUAGCAUCUCCAAAUCGUCCAUCACUUCAACGAGCAAUGACAAUUAAUAAUAGUCCAGUAACAUCAUCGCCACCAUCAACAUCUCCCACAACGAAUAAUAAUAUUUCAUCGACUUACAAACGAAAAGCUCCACUUAUUCGUUCAACAUCAAAUGUUAAAGAAGGCCUUCUCCGUUGGUGUCAAGUACAAGUUGCUGAUUAUCCUAAUGUAUCAGUAACAAAUCUUUCAUCAUCGUGGUCAGAUGGACUUGCUUUUUGUGCUCUAACACAUCAUUUUUUUCCUGAUGCAUUUGAUUUUAAUAGUUUAUCAUCUACAAAUCGUAAAGAAAAUUUUGAACUUGCUUUUCGUAUUGCUGAAGAACGUGCCGGUGUACCACGAUUACUUGAUGUUUCGGAUAUGCUUAUUAUGGGCAAUACACCUGAUUAUAAAUGUAUAUUCACUUAUCUUAAUUCAUUUUUGGCUAAAAUUAAAGAUCUUCAUCCAGCAACCAACCAUGUUGAACAUUUUUAA